ACAGUGAGGAGUUCCAGACAAGAAGUCAGUAAACCAACCUCCAGGUUAGAAACACUUCACUUCAGUAAAACUCAUUAUCAAGACAGAAGCAAUUCACUGCCAACGUCAAUCGAGUCGAACUUGGAAAAACAACAGACGCAAAGAUGUUUCGCAUAUGUUGUGGAGAGAGGUCAGUGCAAGUUGUCAGUGUGGCCAUGGAGGACAGCAUGCCCAUCGAAAGCUCUCCGAGGAGUGGCAAGUCCAUUGAAUCCCCAGCUGUCACUCCCAAAAAGGAGAAAAAGACACCAUGGUGGUGCAAGCUUUUUGGUCUCAUGCCGGUUCAGCAAAAGAAAGAACAAAAGGUUGACAAUGACCAAACCACCAACACCAAGAACAAAAAGAAAAAGCUUAAGAUGCCUUUGUGGUUCAGUAAGAGAAGAUGUCAGGUCUCACCAGCGCAAGAGGAAACUACCUCAAAGAAGCCGCGCCAGUACACUCUGAUCCAGAAGGAAGAUUUCUUAGUGCCCAAAGAGGGGGUAAAGACAAAGCCAGAGGAGGACAAAAAAGUCAACCAAGUCCCCAAAGAGACUGCUUCCACAAAAAUCCCUGGAAAGCACCGUAGACAUGAACAGUUCAAGAACCUUGGGUUCCCAAAUCCAGCACAGAACUGCUAUAUGAAUGCCUGCUUGCAAAGUCUAUUUACUAUGGAGGACUUUGUAAACUCCAUCAACAGUCAGGAGCAGGUCUGGAGGUCGAUCCCAGAGGCGCGAGUCCUGAGAUCAUUUAUGGAAGUAAAAAAAUCCUACUUCUCCCAGGACAAACGCCUGAAGGUCAAACUACUCACCGCCUUCAAGACAGCAGUGUCUGUCGAAGCUCCAGAGUUCACAGACUUCAGACAAAAAGAUGCACAUGAGUUUCUCACAUCCGUGUUGGAGCAAGUACGCAGUUUCGCCCCAAAGCUGCGCAUGACAGCAACAAGUAUGGGUAAAACCUACAAGUGCCCAGUGGAAAGCAACACAACUUUUAAAAUGGAGAACACCAGGAGAUGCAAUGGAUGUGGAGCAGAAUCAAAAAGAGAGGAAGUAUUUACCAACCUGUCCCUCGACAUGGUUCCUGGACAUGGGACGGUGGAGGAGAUGCUCAUUAACUACCUUAAGGAGACAAAUUUGGAAUACCGAUGUCAAUGCGGUUCAAUCUCGUCAGGCCAACGGUCUUCAUUCACCACCCUGCCAAGCGUGCUGGUCCUGCAUCUGAAACGCUUCAGUUUUACACCGACAUACAGGCUUAUAAAGCUCUGUGAUCCUGUUCACCUCAACAGAGAUCUGGUGGUUUCUGAACCUUCCCAGGGUGGUUGCUGCUACAGUCUGGUCAGCAUGAUCAACCAUAUGGGAACCACAGCAGAAAGUGGACACUACAUUUGUGACGGGAUAGACCCAGAUGUAAAACCAGAGGACCCGACAGAUCGUUGGUUCACCUAUGAUGACGCAUGGGUCACCAAAACAAGCGGUGCCUCUGUAUGCAACAAUCGAAAAAAAAGUGCAUAUGUCCUGUUCUACAAAAAACUGAACUAGAAAGUCAAGUCAAGUCAAGUCAAGUCAAGUCAAUAAAUAAAUCUUGACUAGAAAGCGGGUGCGCAUGAGUCCACAUGAUCAACCACACAGCUCUAAAGAUUUACUUUGCAUGAGCCCGGACGAAUAAGAUGGCCAACUAUGUCCAAUACAGGAUUCCAUGCCCACCAAGUCCAGUGGAUGAAUCCCAGACUUAGUGAAAGACGAAUAAAGACAAAGUCCAGCAGGGGAAAGAGGAACAGCAGCAUGCCGCUUCCUGGAGCAGCAGCCCAUAUGAGGAUGGGCUUCCCAAUCUUAGGACAUGAGUUUUGCACAUCGAUGUUGGAGCAAGUAAGAAGUUUUGCCCCAAAGCUGCACAUGAUGGCAACAAGUAUGGGUAAAACCUACAAGUGUCCUGUGGAAAGCAACACAACUUUUAAAAUGGAGACCACCAGGACAUGCAAAAGGUAUGUCUACAUGGACAUGUCAAUGACGGGAUAGACCCAGAUGUAAAACCAGAGGACCCGACAGAUCGCUGGUUCACCUAUGAUGACGCAUGGGUCACCAAAACAAGCGGUGCCUCUGUGUGCAACAAUCGAAAAAAAAGUGCAUAUGUCCUGUUCUACAAAGAACUGAACUAGAAAGUCAAGUCAAGUCAAUAAAUAAAGCUUGACUAGAAAGGGGGUGCGCAUGAGUCCACAUGAUCAACCACAUAGCUCUAAAGAUUUACUCUGCAUGAACCCGGACGAAUAAGAUGGCCAACUAUGUCCAAUACAGGAUUCCAUGCCCACCAAGUCCAGUGGAUGAAUCCCAGACUUAGUGAAAGACGGAUAAAGACAAAGUCCAGCAGGGGAAAGAGGAACAGCAGCAUGCCGCUUCCUGGAGCAGCAGCCCAUAUGAGGGUGGGCUUCCCAAUCUUAGGACAUGAGUUAGGCACAUUGGUGUUGGAGCAAGUACGCAGUUUCGCCCCAAAGCUGCGCAUGACGGCAACAAGUAUGGGUAAAACCUACAAGUGACCAGUGGAAAGCAACACAACUUUUAAAAUGGAGAACACCAGGAGAUGCAAUGGAUGUGGAGCAGAAUCAAAAAGAGAGGAAGUAUUUACCAACCUGUCCCUCGACUUGGUUCCUGGACAUGGGACGGUGGAGGAGAUGCUCAUUAACUACCUUAAGGACACUACAUUUGUGACGGGAUAGACCCAGAUGUAAAACCAGAGGACCCGACAGAUUGCUGGUUCACCUAUGACGACGCAUGGGUCACCAAAACAAGCGGUGCCUCUGUGUGCAACAAUAGAAAAAAAAGUGCAUAUGUCCUGUUCUACAAAAAACUGGUACAAAUGUCAAGUCAAGUCAAGUCAAGUCAAGUCAAGUCAAGUCAAGUCAAGUCAAUAAAUAAAGCUUGACUAAGAAGGGAGGUGCAUGAGUCCACAUGAUCAACCACACAGCUUUAAAGAUUUACUCUGCAUGAACCCAGACGAAUAAGAUGGCCAACUAUGUCCAAUACAGGAUACCAUGCCCACCAAGUCCAGUGGAUGAAUCCCAGAGUUAGUGAAAGACGGAUAAAGACAAAGUCCAGCAGGGAAAAGAGGAACAGCAGCAUGCCGCUUCCAGGAGCAGCAGCCCAUAUGAGGAUGGGCUUCACAAUCUAGAAAAUUAACUCAUAUUGAGGAAACUGAAUAAAUUAAACAAACAAAGUUA